AUGCAUGCACCCGCAAAGUCUAACUAUCCAGUGUUGACCCCCGAUACCCUCACAAAGUACGAUGCCGUUCUCUUCGGGUUCCCUACACGUUACGGAAAUUUCCUUGCGCAGUGGAAGGUGUAUGCUGGUCUCUUCGUCUCGUCUGGUACCUUGGGUGGUGGUAAGGAGUCCACUGCUAUCGCUUCCAUGUCCACGCUUGCCCAUCACGGCUUCAUCUACAUGCCUCUCGGCAACAAGAUCGUCUAUGCCCAACUAGCCAAUAUGGACGAGAUUCACGGUGGCAGUGUUUGGGGCGCUGGUACAUUUGCUGCAAGUCUUCGAUCUCCCAUUUGCUUUCAACAUGGGCGCUAA